AUGGACCACUUCGAGCUCCAGGACGAGCUCCAGGCUCUGCAGGACAUCGACUCCUACAACAUCGACAACGAGUCCGAUGUCUCCUCCCUUGACCCCGGCUCUGUCGCCGACCUCCUCAGCUCCGCCGUCGACGCCCUGGCGCACAACCCUGAAGCAAUCACCGACCCCGCCGUCUUCGAUGCCUACCGCUCUCUCCUCAAACAUGCCGCCGCUCUACAGGGCUCCCAUAUGAUCAAGAUUCUUGACUCCAUAUCUUCGGCGUACCAUGCACAGAUCGAGGCCACUGUUCGCGACAUCGACGAGGAGGACCAGCAGACGGUCUCCGCGCACAAGAUGCCCCUCGAGAUCUACGCGUUUCUCCUCCACUGGUUCGUUUCCGCCGCGGAGAAGGUCAAGACCUCGGGCGAGGACGACGCGCCUGCACCUGCUCCGAAAGCGAGGCGCGGCCGCGGAGGAAAGGCCGCGGCAUCAAGGUCGACCGCGCGGAAACCACCGGAGGAGUGGUCCUGGCAGGACCAGAUCCCCGCCACCCUCAACUUGAUAUCGAAGCUGUUGCGCAUGAAGACCCAGCGCAUAUGGCAGACUAGUGCGGAGAGGGAGACGUUCAUCAACUGCGUAGUCCGCCCCGUAUACCACAUCACCGAGAACGAGCAAUAUAUGAAGUCCGUCGAAAUCCGCCGCGGCGUGUACAAAGCGAUAUGCCUCGCCGUCAAGCACCAAGGCCACGCUCUCGCGGCUCAGAUCAGCAUAAUGCAAUCCUUGCAGUACUACGAGCACUUGUCCGAGCCCAUGGCGGAGUGUCUGAACAUCCUCGCGCGCGACUUCGACCACCCGCAGCUCGGAGACGACAUCCUGCGCGAGAUCGCCGGCAAGUCGUUUUCCGCGCAGGAUACCAAGGGCCCGCGUGCGUUCUCCCGGUUCCUCGUGCGCUACGCCGAGCUCGCGCCCCGGCAGGUGCUCAAGCAACUCUCGCUCCUGAUCGCCCACCUCGACUCGGAGUCCUAUCCCAUGCGUAUGGCCCUCGUGGAGGUCAUCGGUGGAAUCAUCCGCGAGCUGUCCGACAGCCCCGAGAACGAAGGGCUCGGCGCGAUUGGUGCGGCUGCCGCCGCGGGUAUUGGUCUCGCGGGAGGCGACCGCGCGAAACAGCUGAAGCAGAUCAACGGCUUGUACGACCUGCUGCUCGAGCGCACGCUUGACCUCUCGUCAUACGUGCGCGUCAAGGUGCUCUCGACGCUGGCCCGCUUGUGCGAUAGCAGCGGCAACAAGUUCCCGCAGCAACGGCUCGCGAUGUCACGCGCGGCGGUGGAUGCACUUGAGGACAAGGCGUCCGGCGUACGGAAGGCGGCGGUGAGCUUGCUCGUUCGUCUCAUCCUCACGCACCCGUAUGGAAUGUACGGUGGGUUCCUGAGCGAGAUGGAGUGGAAGGAGCGGUACGAGCAGGAGGCUGGGGUCCUCGCAAAGAUGGAGGGCGAGGUAGGCAAGGCUGUCGAUAGGGAGGAGGGCGAAGAUGGGAGCCAGGCCGAUGAGGAUGAUGAGGAUGAGGGCUUGGGCGAUGAAGAGGAGGGUGAAGAGGACGAGGAAGGCGAGAAGAAGAAACGUAGAAAGAAGCGACGCAACGACGACGAGAUGGAAGUCGAUGGUGAAGAAGACGAUGAGGACGAGCCUAUGUCUGACGACGCGCCAAAGAAGCGGAAGAAGAAGAAGCGCAAGUCCGAACUGGACCUCACCGCGUUGGCUAACGAGGCAGCUGCGCUCGGCGAGUUGAACGAGAACCAGCACCUUCAAGCAAAACUCACGAAGAGGUUCUGUCUCGAUGCUCUGGAGUUCAUUCGCACUGUCGAAGAGGGCAUGAAGACUGUGCAGAAGCUGCUCGCGUCGACGAACAAGCUCGAGGUGCUCGAGGCGAUGGAGUUCUUCCGCGUCACGUACGAGUACAAGUUCGAUGCCGCCGAGGCUGGGAUCAAGAAGAUGCUUCAUCUCAUUUGGAGCAAGGACAACAACGCGACGUCCGAAGAUGGUCGUGAGCUCAAGAGCGUCCGAUCGCGCCUGCUCGAGUGCUACCGCACCAUGUACUUUGAGCCUAUCCAGAACCUGGAACCCAAGGCGCAAAUCAAUCGCAUCGCAAAGAACAUGAUCGAAAUGACGUACGAUGCCACUCUUGCGGAGCUGACCAGUCUCGAGGAGAUGUUGCGGCAGCUCAUGGAGGAAGGCCACAUCCACGAAGAUGUCGUCGCGAAGCUCUGGCAGGUGUACAGUUCCGAGCGGCCGCUCCCUCGAGCACAACGACGUGGCGGGGUCAUCAUCCUCGGGAUGCUGGCACUCGCAAAGCGAAGCGUGGUCGCUGACCGUGUUGAAACGCUGGUGAAGGUCGGACUUGGCGAGCGCGGCAAGAGCGACUUGACUUUAGCCAGAUAUACGUGUGUUGCGCUGCAGCGACUCAACGGCAGCGCCAAGAAGGUUAAAGGUUCACUGCUUGACAAGUCACUCCGAAUCGAUAUGGACAACCCGCUCUUCCGCAAGCUGCAAGAAGCUGUUGAACGCCCCUGUCGCACCAAGGAGUGGUUCCCUAUGGCCGAACAAGCGAUCAACACCGUCUACGCGCUCGGUGAACGCCCCGACGUGCUCUGCAGCAACCUCAUCAAGAAUUUGUCCCGACGUAUCUUCAACAAGAAGCCCCUCGCGAGCUCGCAGUCGCAGGGAUCUUCAAUCGACAAGGAUCCCGACGCUAUGGAUGAGGACGAGGAACGCGAGAACGUUGAUCCGGACGCGACGCAGCCGUCGUCGCCGACGAAGUCUGCAGCUUCGCAGACCAGCGCGAGCAAGGACACGGGCGACGCCUUCGAGCUCAGCCAGCUUCUUUUUAUCGUUGGCCACGUCGCGAUCAAGCAGAUUGUCUUCCUUGAGCUUGUGGAACGAGAGUGGAAGCGACAGAAGCACGAGAAGGAGCUAGGUGAGUACCCUGCGAAGCUUGGCGGUACGAGCGCUCAAGACAAGAAGGAGCAAGAAGAGCUUGAUCAGGUCGCGGGCAAUGCGGAGGAUGAGAUCGGUGAGCGGAUCGCGGCCAUGCGCGAGCAUGAGCUUCUUUACGGCUCCCAGUCUCUCCUCGCGACGUUCGGACCUAUGCUCGUCCAUAUUUGUGGCAGUCCGCACAAGUUCAAGAACCGAACGCUGCGGAUGGCCGCGACACUGGCGUUCAGCAAGUUCCUGUGCGUGAGCUCGCAGUUCUGCGAGCAGCACCACCGGUUGCUGUUCAAGAUCCUGGAGACGUCGAAGGACCCAAGCAUCCGGAGCAAUAUCGUCAUCGCGCUCGGAGACGUCGCGGUCUCAUUCAGCAGCAUCAUCGACGAGAGCAACGACGAGCUCUACACGGGCCUGCGCGACCCGGACAUGGUCGUGAAGAAGAACACGCUGAUGGUGCUCACGCAUCUCAUCCUCAACGGCAUGGUGAAGGUGAAGGGACAGAUGGGCGAGAUGGCGAAAUGUGUCGAGGACGAGGAUGAGCGGAUCUCAGAUCUUGCGAAGCUGUUCUUCGCGGAGCUUUCGACGAAGGACAACGCGAUCUACAACAACUUGCCCGACGUGAUCAGUCACUUGUCGGUAGGGGCUCAUGCUAUCGACGAAGACACGUUCCAGAGCACGAUGAAGUACAUCUUCACCUUCAUCGAGAAGGAGAAGCAAGCGGAGAACAUCGUCGAGAAGCUGUGCCAGCGGUUCCGGCUGUCGGACGAGCCGCGCCAGUGGCGCGACAUCGCGUUCUGCCUCUCGCUGCUGCCGUUCAAGUCGGAGCGGUCGGUCAAGAAGCUCAUCGAGGGCCUCCAGUUCUAUCGCGAUAAGCUGCACGAAGAGACCGUGUACGCGCGCUUCCAGGAGAUCCUGACCAAGGCGCGUUCGAACAAGUCCGCGAACAAGCCCGACGCGGAGCUAAAUGAGUUCGAAUCCAUCUUGGAUGAGAACCGCCGCCAGGGCGCGGAGGACCAGGACUUUGAGAAGCGCGUUGAGGGCAGGAAGGCGAUCGCUAAGAAGCGGGCUACUCGCAGAAGUAAGUCUUCAUCUGUUCGUCGUCACCUGCAGAUCGCGUUCUGA